GGUCUUUAUACCUUUGUAUUUUGAACAUAUGAACAUUUAACCUGGAUAUCUCUAUAACAAUCUGUUAUGACGAUGUUUGACUUGACUGGGAUUUGAAUCAUUUCGCUACUGAUUAGUUUUUCAAUGGUACAGAAAUUUUGAGGAUGAGAUAUUUGCAGAUGGCCUUAUCGAGAUAUCCCAUUGAAGAACAUGUCGCACGACAUACACUAGGUGAACAAAACUUCAGUGAUCUUCAACUGUUUCAUUGUUGUAACUGUGGAAAAGGACUUGAUAUAAAACAUUCUUGUCCCAGACCAAAAGCUGCCUGUUCUCUUUGCAAACAACACCUCGUGAAUGUGAAUACAAAAAAGCACAAAUGUUUCCUGAGAUUAAACAGCGACGAUACCGACAAAUAUUUUUUCAAAUCAACGACAAUUAUCACCGAAGAUGUAACUGCUGAUGAAAAUAGAAAAUCCAAUAAAAAAUACACAAACGAAGUAAUUAUUCGAGUUUACAGAUGUAGGCGGUGUCGAUUAGAAUUUGAUUCUAGAAAAACUUACAGGAAGCAUCUACAUCAGCAACAUAAUGAGAAAUAUAACGUGUGUCCCAUCUGUGGCAAGUCCGUCGUUAACUUGAGUCAACAUAGAAAUGGAGUUCACGGUGAUCCUGCUUCUUUUAGAUGUUCAAAGUGCGACAAAUCUUUCUCUUGCAAAAGGCAUCUGCAACGUCACAUGCUAGCGCAUGGUAAUGAAUUUAAACAUAAGUGCACUACUUGCGGAAAAGGAUUCAAAACUCCAUUCUCGAUGAGGGUCCAUAUGAGAUCUCAUGAUGUUGUGAAGCCUUUCGAAUGCUCAGUUUGUCUGAAGACGUUCACUACAAAGCAAUGGAGAGAUAAUCAUUUGAAAACUCAUAGAGAGUAAUGGAAAUAUUCAUUUAGAUUAGUUAGUUGGGUCCAUGGCUUGUUCACGAAUCUUGAAACGCCAUCAAAUGAAACAGAACAUCGACAAACCGGGAACAAACCCUUUUUCAACUAAAGUGAUACGGAGCAGUCUCCAGUUUUGUUCUUGUUAUUAAGUAUUCCUACCAGAUGAGUAAUUGUUGCACAGACACAAAGUAUAACAAAAUUUUCAGUGAAGAUUUGCCGCAAACCAAGAUAAAGUUGUUUUUAUCUGGAGCAAUCAUAAUUUUGACGAAUGGUAAACUACCAUCUUUGUUCUAUAAUUUCAUUAGAAUAUCUAGCAACGAAUUUGAAAACCUGAUAAAUCUGUCGGUGGGAAAAAUAUCCAAGCAGAAUACAAACUAUAGAGUUGCUAUUUCUUUCAAGGCCAACUAAAUUACUUGAGGUUUGCAGUCAUUUAUGUAAAAUAUUGUUGAUAAAGUUCAUAAACUACACGUAAAUAGCGGAUCAUACUUUGAAAUCACCUGGUGCUCAAGCAAUGAGAUGGAAUGAAACAUACAAAUCAAUCGUGAUACAAUACAAGACAAUGGUUCUCUUCUGAGGUGCUUGGCUGAUCCAAGAUCCAGUGCCUAUCCUUGUCAUCUAUGGGAUCGAUAGAAGACGCAAUCCUUGAAUAUCAGAAAGGAAACUUCGUUUAUUCUCAAGAUUCAUGAUAGAGAAAGUUCGUAUUCGAACUAAACAAUGAACUCAUGUUUCAACUUAUGAAAUCGCAGACCAAAAUCUUCGUUAAUAUGCAUAUGUAUCCCUUUUUUCAUCAGUUGAAUUCCACCGAUUAAUCAAAUUAGUUUACGAUGGAUCUGUUGAAGAUUAUUUUGGGUGAGAAAAGGAACAGUGACUGCUGUUGGUUGGUUGAUGAGUGACAAAAUGCCCUCAUUGAUAAUAUAACCGUGAUUAGUACUCCACUACCUAUUAAUUGACAGUUGGCAGCUUGAAAUAAUUCAUAUAUAGAAUUCGUCAAUGUAGGUACAUCGAUGAAAAAAAAAAGUGUGAUGAAAUCAAGUGUGAAAGCCGGUGAAUGAGAUUAUAUCGGUGAAGUAAUUGUUGAAAAAACGAUCAUUGCAGAUAUGAACUGAAAGACAAAUCUCUAAAUCAUUUAUUAGUUUUCAUUUUUCAGAUAAAAUUAAUAUAUUUAUUUUGUGUGAUUGAAUGAAAUUGUAGAAACCUAUAA